AUGGGCUGUGGUGCAACGAAGACGAAAGUGGCUCCCCAGGAGCCCCAACGGCUAACAGCCGUAGUGACUGAUACGGACAUCUCUGGAAAGGCUCAGCUCUGCUCGGUGACAGGUCGUUCUGAAACCGCAGAAAUCGAAUGUCGCCUGGCGUCAGGCGACUUCGAGGAAGGCCUCGCCAUUUUCUCCUCCUGGAAAGCGCAGCAGCAGCGGAAUUUCCCCCCCGCUGUAGCGCCGCCGCCCGGGCGUGGGGAACACCGAAACCAUGUGAGGAAACUGGACCGGUUCUUGAGGUCAGUGCAGUUGGAUAAGGAUGCGUUCAAGAGCAAAUUUGAGGAACCAGUUGAGGCGGUCCAGUGGGUACCCUUCCUGGCUGGACUUGGCCGACCAAAAAACUGGUCUGCAUGUGGGGUGCUGCUGCGCUGCUGGAAGCUGCUGGCAUCUUUUCUUCCUAUUCUUGGACUUUUGCCUGCCCAGCUCACUGCCAUCCGUCGGUGCUGCCAGUCUUCUUGUCCGGCCUGCUGGGUGGUUUCUUUCUUGGACUUCUGGCUGUCCUUUGGAUUUGGUGGACUUUCAUCGCCCAUCACCAUCCAGCAGGUCCCUCUUCGCCUCCUGUCUUCCCAUCUCAAGCCCAGCAUUUGGCUCGUCUCAGGGCCUACGUGCAUGAGCCACUUUGAGCGUCUGGCCACAGCACUUUCCAAUCUUGCUGAGGCGAUCCGAGGAGUAGCUGAGGAGCUUGGCAGAGCGAGAGAAUCUCCCCCACCGAUUGCAAGUGAGCCCUUGCUUCCUGGAGAUUGGGAGCUGAUUGAAGACCAGUCCUCGGUCCCUGGUGAGCCAUCAGACUACAACGCCACCCUUCGCAUUGCAGUGGAGGACGGGCCACCUCCUACUCCGGAGUUCUGUCUUUCACUUGCUAGGCUGAAGCUUAGGUCGGCUCGGCGAAAUCCGGAGGAGAGGGCGAGGGAAGCUUUUGUGGCAGGUUUUUGGUUCAGAGUUUCUUUGCUCGUCAGCUGCGCCUGGCCUUCGGAGUACAGCCCCCUCCUUCCUCCUUCUACGUGGCUUGUGAGGAGCCCAGUUGCCAGUCCCACCGUUGGUGCAAUGGAAAAGAAGGAACUGAGGUUCAGUGAUGCCCAGGCACCCAGCCUGCUGGUUUUUGAAGUCCCAGCUUUGAUUGCAGCGGGUGGUGAGCCUUUGUUUACGUUGGCACUCCCUCUGCUUAAGAGGCAGGGUGGAUUCCUUGUGGCAUUUCCCUGUGGAGUCAUUGACCCAGAGGCUUUUCCAUCUACCCCAGCAGAUGAGGAUCAGAUGCUGGGUUUAGCCCGUACGUUUGAAGGGCUGGCUUUGUAUGAGGAGGAGGAGACUGAAGCGGGAGGGCUUCAGUUGAUCCCUACGGGAACGUCCUGCUCAGUCGUAGUUUGCGACGUGCUGGACUCAAUUUUGGUCUAUCUGCGGGAGUUUGACCCCAUUACAGAUUCGCAAGUCGAGCUGGUUCCAUUUGAUGAGGCUAGACCUGCGGCAGUUCCAAUGCAUGCCGAGAUCACACCCCUGGCGCUGGAAUGGGCCAGGUCUGAAGUUGAAGGGCGUGUCCUUUUUUACAGCGCUCGAGAAGAGCAGGAGCCGCCUGUUGCCCCGGCGCCCAGAACAGCAAAGAAGGCUACAGCGAAGAGGGUGACCACGGCCUCCCUAGCAGAGCAGGUCUCAGCCCUUUCUGCCCAGAUGAGUUUGCUUUUGAAACAGCAGGCAGUGACAGCGAAUGGACCUGCAGCCAUCAACCCUGGCCAACAGUCCCCUAUUGCAAGUCCUGCUGCAGGGCGCGGAGGUAUAGGCGGAGGCUAUCGGGUGCCCCCAGUCAGCCAGAUGCUUUCACCUCCACCAAAGACCGCCAACGGCGCACCACUGGCCAUAUUGGGGCCGCCUCCAAAGGUUCGUCAGGUGCCACCACAAGUUCCUCUCCCUGCCGAGGAGCCCUACGACAUUUUGGACGAGGGGGCCCUGCCAGAUACUACGGCUGCAGUUCUUUCUCAGCAGUCAGCAGCAUUGACAGCUUUGGUUACCCACCUGGUGGGCCAAGACAACCCGUUGGAUCUCAGCGGGACGAUUGGGACCGCCUCGAGUUCAACGAAGGGCACAAUGCGCCGCGAGAAGAUGCAGCAGGAACUGGCAGGACGCAAGUCCAAUUUCUUUCUGCAGAUCCAGCAACAGAUUCACAAGAAAAUGUAUCCAUCAAGGAUGCUUCCAAAGACGGAGGAGGAGCUAUCUCAGGCCCAGGUGUCACUCAUGGCAUACUUGGAGCGAUAUGGUGGAUACAAGGGACAGAAAGAAGCAGGGCUUUGUAUGUGGAUUUUUGCACAUGCAAUGGAUUCAGCCUCAGCGGGAGACUUUGUGGCUACCAAGGAAUUUUUAGCUUUGGGGGUCAUGGCGUUGGAGCAGAGUGUCUUCGAUGCGGGAGAUUGGUCACUUGCCUACGUUUUGACGAUGGCAGAGGAUCCCCCAGCUACCAUGUUCAGCGAGAGGAUGAGCUCGCUAACAGCGGCAGGCCGUCCUUUCUCGCCGCUGGUCCCGCCAACUUUGGCCUCGACCAAUUUGGCCUACAUCAAAGAGCUCGAGGUGCUCUCCACCAGACGUGCCGAGACGCGCACAAAGAAAGGAGGAGCUGGAAGCCCUUCGCAAGCUGGCAAGAACAAGGACGCGGAGGAGGAAAAUCCCAGCCCAAAGCGCCGGCCUCGGUAUCCCAAGAAACCGAAGGCCAUUGCCGAGGUGAGAGAGCCUCCGCCUGCUUCCGCAGGCUGUUCCCUUUCUAGCUAUCAGUCCUGGUGUGCUAGGUCGGACGGCCUGACUGCAGAAUUUGACAUGCUGCGCUCGGGACGUAAGAAUCCAGAUUUGCAUGCAAGACUUUUUGAUUUGAUUGACGCCUUCCAGAAGCAGGGAUGUUCAGCGAAUCCAUAUGACAGAUCCUUUCAAGGGUUCCAAGUUCCUAGAGAUGAGGAGAGGUUUCCAGAACUACAACCUUAUAGGGACCUGGAUCCCAGCAGACUCAAGCUUUCAGGCACUGGCCAUUGGGAUGCUUCAAGCUUUUUGAGCGAGAACCUUUUGAUGGCCUACAAAGAGCCUCUUGUUCUUUGGUUGGAUCGCACACCAGAAAUAUGGGAGUAUCCCCGCCUGAGGGACAGUCAAGCGACUAUACUGGAACUGGCUCAUAUUUGGGAUUCCAAAGGGCUUCUGCUGCUUCACAAAGAAGGAGUACAAGACAGACGUGAUUUUGAGAAGGUGAGGAUAUUCAAUGCGUACAAGAACGCAACCACUGACAGACAGAUUGGUGAUCGCAGAGGCCGCAAUGCAGUAGAGGCUGUUGUGAAAGGGCCCUCUCAUAACUUGCCCUCCGGGGCGGAUUUGUGUGACCUGGUGGUAGAUGUGUCUUCACAGACCCUAGCAAUUUCCAUUUCUGACAGAAAGGACUAUUAUCACCAAAUCAAGGUCACUCAGAAGAGAGCUGUUUGCAACACAUUGGGGCCGGGUUUGCCUGAAGAGGCUGUUUCAGGCCUCCAGGCCUACGGCAACUUCUUGCUGAAGGCUUCAAGCAAGCGCCGCUAUGACCGUCUCAGGGACGGUGACCGCUUAGGCCACCAGAGGAGGCCAUUGGGUUCACCAGAUGAUGGUUUGAUAUGGGCAGCCUUCAACAGUAUUCUGCAAGGCGACCAUUGUGGCGUGGACAUAGCUACAGAGGCACACACUCAAUUGCUGCAAGACUUUGGCCUUCUGUCACAAGAUAUCCAGUUGGUGGCCAGCAGGCCUUGCAGACACCCUUCGAUAGCGCAGGGCCUUGUCAUAGAUGAUUUUUUCUGCAUCUCUGUCGAGGAUCAGGGCACUCCGGCCCCACAAACAUCUGCUUUCAGAGCCUAUCAACAAGCACAGCAAGCAUACAGUUUUGCAGGGCUUUUGGGGUCGCCAGAAAAAGAUCUUUGCGCUGUCAGUGAAGGCAAGGCCAUUGGGGCGUACGUCAACGCCUCUGAUCGUGCCCUGUCAAGAGGCUUGUGCACAGUGGGGGCGCCAGUCGAGAAGAGGUUGUCCCUUUCAAUUCUUUCUCUACAACUGGCGCAGCUGCCUUUGACUACUUUUGGAAUGCAUAGCUGCGUCAUGGGCGCUUGGGUUUCAAUGAUGAUUUACAGACGGCCUUUGAUGUCAGUGUUUGAUCAUGCUUUUAGGUUGGUGGCCAACGAAGAUGUAGCUACCAACAAUCAUGUCACAACCCAGCAACCGAGGGCAGUGGCUCAGGAGUUAGCCCUUGCAGCGGUGCUUGCGCCUCUCAUGCUGAGCAACGUGGCGGCCAAGUUCGACACGCACAUCUACGCCACAGAUGCCUCGGAGAAAAAGGGGGCUGUUUGCAAGGCUGUAGCCAAGCCAGAAGUGCAGGAGGUCCUCUUCAAAAGCUGCAGGACCAAGGGAGCCUAUACCAAACUUCUCUCUCCAGUGCAGGCCCUCUUGAAAAAACUGAAUGAAUUUCACGAAGAACCAGAGGAACCUCAGUUUCUUCCUGAGCCCAAGCCUGGCCGCCCUUUGGCCUUCAUGUUUGAGUUUUUGGAGAUUUUUUCUGGAGCGAGCAGGGUUACUGAAUUUGUGGCUAGUUUUGGAGUCACUUGCGGUCCUCCUAUUGACCUUAGCAGAUCAGAGGAGUUCAACCUCAAGCACCCACACCUGGCUGAGUGGAUCACACACCUACUGGCUGAGAAGGUUUUGAAAGCAGUUCUUUUGAUGCCACCUUGCACAACUUUUUCCAUCAUGAGGCGUCCAGCCUUGAGGGACAAAGAUUAUCCUUUUGGUUUUGACCCUGCCGACGAACAGACUAGCGUUGGGAACAUUCUGGCGCAACGCUCUUUUCAGAUUGGCUGGACAGCAGCUGCGAAUGACGCGGUGGCGGUUAUUGAGAAGCCCCACUCUUCCAAGAUGAAGUACCUGCCUUCAUGGGAGGACUUAUUGGAACUCCCCUCAGCAAGUCUGGUAAGAGCAGAUUCGUGUCAGUUUGGAUCAAUACACCAGAAGAGUUUUUCCUUCCUUGGAAUCAACGUGGAUUUGUCCGCAGUUGGAAGAAGGUGCAAGGGCCUUUGCAACCAUGUACCAGUGCAAGGAAGUUAUACAAAGGCCUCUGCACCAUAUGAGCCUAGGUUGGCGUACGCACUUGCACAUUGCCUCGCCCACAGCGUUUUCCAGAUCAGAGCCAGAGAAGCCAGCCUAGAUUUUCUUGAAACGGCAGGCCUGGAGAACCAGCUCGUGAAUGAGGUGAUGCUGACAUCCUCUUGGGAGCUACAGAAAGUGUGGGCUUUCGGGAAGCCCAGCCAUAUCAACCUACUGGAGUUGAAGUCGGUUGAAGGCCUGGUUGACGACCAGAUCAAGAAGACCAGGUCUCUUCGCUUUGUCUCACUGGUCGACUCCAAUGUGGGCAUCAAAUUGGGUCAGACUUCUUCUCCUUCUGUGCUCUCCCAGCAUAACACGUCUCAAGGCGAAGGCCCUCCAGUGGUUUUGCCAGGCCGGGUUGGAAUUGGAUUUGGUUUUUUCCGGCACCUUCCCUGGGUUCUCACCGUCAUUUUCCUCCUUUGUGUUCCUUCCUCUCAUUUCUGGGUGCUGUCUUCGUUUUGCUUCUCUCUCUUGCUGGGGCGCGGGGUGUUUCCUCCGUCUUCUUUCUCCUUCCUGGGUGCUGCAGUGCUUUGCUUCGAUUCGUGCGCCGAAGCCAUGGUACUGGGGCCAGUGACUGGUUUGGAGCAUCGGAAGGCUGAAGAAAGGGCAUCCAGACCGAUGCUUCCGGAAGGCCGCCCAACAUUAGAAGUGACAUCAAAACUGCGACAGAGGUACUGGAAGCUUUUCUUGGAUUGGACGCUGCAGCAAGGAAUUGAUUUCGAGGCGCUACUAGCCUCUUACCAUCUGUAUGUGGAGGAUAUCAAUACUGUAAUGGUCCGAUACGGCAGGGAACUCUACAGUGCUGGAAAACCAUACUCAGUUUUUGCAGAGACAAUAAAUACCCUGAGCUCAAAGAAACCAGUGUUAAGAAGGCAACUGCAGGGUGCAUGGGACCUUGCUUUCAGUUGGGUUCAAGCUGAGCCGUCGGCUCAUCACGUGGCUAUGCCCUGGCAGAUCCUUCUUGCCAUGACAACGGUAGCUUUGGCCUGGGGUUGGCCCAGAGUUGCAGGGUGCAUUUCUUUAGGAUGGGGAGCCCUACUACGGGCAGGCGAGAUCACCGGUGCAUACAGACGUGACUUGCUGCUGCCUAGAGAUGUAGACUCUACCAUUCGAUAUGCUCUUCUUGCACUACAUGAGCCAAAGACCCGGAAUACGGGCCCAAGACAUCAAGCUGCAAAACUAGAUGUGCCCGACCUCUUGGAAGUCACGGACCUCGCCUUUGGGGAACUGCCAGAACAUUUUAAGUUGUGGAAUCAAUCUGGACAGAGUCUGCGUUUACGUUUCAAAGAUAUACUACGUGAGCUCUUAUUGCCUACAGAGAAGCUAGCUGGCUUAAAACCCCUGGAUUUGGGCUCCUUGAGAGCUGGAGGUGCCACAUGGCACCUACAAACCACGGAGGAUGGCGAGUUUUGCAGACGCAAAGGUCGCUGGAUCAGUCAGCGCAUUAUGGAGGUUUAUGUGCAAGAGACUUCAGCUCUUGUCUAUCUUAAGAAGAUUUCAGCAGACAGCAAAACUAAGAUUUUGACACUGGCCAGUUUAUUCCCAACUGUUCUUGCGCGUUCCAAAACGCUGAAGCGAGCAAAGGUGCCCGAGAAAGUCUGGUUUAUCCUCCACCAACAAGAAGACCUUUGGAGGUAG